GACGAGAUUGAAGUGAACGGCGUUCAGAAUGAGGUGUAUAACGCUGCUGUUUGGAUUUUGGGGACUUUUACACUGCCAUGCUCAGCUGUCAGAUACAGGGGUGGAGGAAGGAACUGCUGAUGAAGAGUUUGUUGAUCUUUUCACCACACCAAGAACGAAGAUGGCUGCAGCAACAUCAGACUUUGGUUACAAUCUGUUUCGCCAGCUGGCAGCUCAGGAUCCCCAGACCAGUGUGUUCCUAUCCCCCCUUAGCAUCUCAGCGGCACUGACACAGCUGUCUAUGGGAGCCUCAGAGAGAGCACAGAAGCUGCUUUAUCGUGCACUGCGGUAUCACACCCUACAGGACAGCCGACUCCAUGACACUCUCAAAGAUCUCAUCUUCUCUUUACAGACUCCUGCAAAAGGCUUCACUUCAGCAGCACGAGUUUUGCUUUCCAGAAGGCUGCGUUCCAAUCUGGAGUUCCUCACUGCAGUGGAAACACAAUAUGGGACGCGCCCACAGCUUCUCAUGGGUGGGAGUCGUGACCUAAAGACAGUCAAUGAAUGGUUCAAACAGCAGACUGCCGGGAAAGUUGAUCGUGUCCUUUCAACGCCUCCUCCACGUAAUGGAGGUGUGGCACUUGUGGGAGCGGCACAUUUUAAAGGCAAGUGGGCAACGAGCUUCAGUCAGGCAAACAGGAUGGAACCCUUCCAGACAGAUGGAGGGGCAUCAACCCAAGUCGUCAUGAUACAGCAGAAACAUUACCCAAUCAAAAUGGGCAUUGACUCUGACCUUAGCUGCACGAUAGCUCAGGUGCCCAUGGAAGAUGGAGUCAGCAUGUAUUUCUUCCUUCCAGAUGAAGUGACCAAGAAUUUGACUCACAUUGAGGAGACUUUAACGGCCGAAUUUGUGCAGGAUCUGUCCAUGACUCUCCACACUGUGCAGGCAGAUCUAAUGCUACCAUUGCUCAAACUCAGCUCCAGCACUGACCUGCUACCCCUCUUCUCAGGCUUGGGACUGACUGAUUGGUUGGCAGAUCCAGAUCUUGUCAAAAUCACAAACCAGGCUGCUAAGCUGUCAACAGUUCGUCAUAAGGCUAUUAUAGAGACCGCAGCAGGGGGUGCAUCCUCCAGCUCCGAUAGCCAAGCAGCAAAUCAGUUUGUCUUCCAUGUGGAUCGCCCCUUCCUCUUCCUAGUACGAGAUGAAGUGUCAGGUGCUCUCCUCUUCAUUGGAAAAGUUCUGAAUCCACAAGACCUAAAGAAAUAA